GGGUGGGCGUGGGCUUGGCGGGCCCUGCACUCGGAGCAGCCGGCUGGCCCCGCCUGGGCCGAGCAAUGAGGGUUUAGCAACCGGGCCAGCGGCUGCGGAGGGUGUACUGGGUACCCCAGCAGUGACAGCCCACCGGCGCUGGGUUGGAUUUCUCGCUGGGCCUUAGCUGCCUUCCCUCGGGGCAGGGCUCGGGACCUGCAGCCCGCCAUGCCUGAGCCUCCCACCCCCUCCGUUGGCUCCUGUGCGGCCCGAGCCUCCCCGAUGAGCGCCGCCCCCUGCUCCAGGGCGCCCAGUCCCAUCGACCACCCCCAAAGGCUGAGGAGUGCGAGCGCGCGGCGCGGGACUGGCAGGCAGCUCCACCUGCAGCCCCGGUGCGGGAUCUACUGGGUGAAGCCAGCUGGGCUCCUGAGUCUGGUGAGGACAUGGAGAACCUUUAUGUCCAGCUCAAGUUGCAGUCCAUAGGCACUUGCUUUAACCGUGAAGAAUUACCUUCAGUACUUCAGUGGCCUCAGGGUGAGGAAUCGGGAGCCACCAGUGUGACAAAUAAACCUGGACUCUCAGCAAUGAGGAAAGAAACAGACCAACAAGUUGGGGAAAGAAGGCUCACAUACUGCGGUGACCAGGUAACUCUGUUCACAGACCAAGGUAAGAAACGUCGCAAGAGUGACAAACUACUUCCUUGGUGGUUGGGAUACCUUGAAGGUUGAAAGCGUGUGAAUAAGAUGCACAAUUGAGUGAAAAGCGAGUGUUGAGUCUGCAUCUGU